CCAGAAAGCACCCCAGAUACAUACACGCUACUGCGUCUCCUCUCUGUAGCUCAAAAGAACUAGUAUGGACCUCGUAGAGAUUGCAAAACUCGUCGCCUCAGAGCAAGGAUCAGAUCAAACCACACCAUCGGAAACAACAAUCACGGAUGGGUCGACACAUGCAGUAUCUGCACAACCUGUUGCAAUGAAGGCGAUUCUCGAACAGCGCAUUGCUGCGAUGCGUGCUGAGAUUAAGGAGAAGGAACGUGCGACCAUGAUUACGCCUGAUCGACAGGCGACAACGGCGUCAACGUCCUCCGUCACCGUGUCACCUGCUUCGAGUGUCAAUUUCUCAAUACUCGACAAGGCACUAGCGACGCAUGGAUAUGAGACGAUGCCUGAUAGUGAUGAAGACGAUCAUGACAGCUCUGUCACUGCAUCGAGUGAUGCGUCGAAUUCCUCGAGUGAUUCAGAGGACGAAGCGGAUACGAGCGAACGACUUGCCUUGACUGCUGCUGAACGCGAACGCAUCUUGAUUGCUGCGGAUGGCGAUGGAGAGGGGAGUAGUACCAUUCCACCACGAACAAAACAUGAAUUGGCAGAGGAGGAAGAGCCUGUAGUUGUACCCAGCGAGCAGGUCUUGCCAAGUGAUGAAAUCAGACUUCUUGGACAUGUUGCAAGUCAAGUGGGCAAGACGUGUGUCGUUGCAGGGAUACGGCCACCGUCGCUGGAUGCGGGUCAAGGCUCACAUACACCACAAAGUGUCUUGGACAUCGGCUCACUCCUCGUUCUAGCGGAUCGUCGCAAUGUUGGGUAUAUCGCAGAUACCUUCGGUCCCGUCUCUGCACCACUCUUUGCAGUUCGGUUUGCAGAGGCAGAGCAAGCUGCUGCGUUGAAUCUGUCACUGGGAGAUGAGAUUUAUAUGGUACCGCGGUAUGCCAAGUAUGUAUUUGGCGAUACCCUCAAGGUCAAGGGAUCCGAUGCCUCAAAUAUUCACGACGAGGAAGUCGGUGGUGAUGAAGUGGAGUUUAGCGAUGAUGAACAAGAAGCAGCAUACAAAAAAAUGCUCAAGGAAGCGAGAAGGAAUCAUAAGGGACAAAACAGCGAGCGGCAACAGCGGCCCAUGAGUGACUUGGAGGCGAUUGCAGAACAGCAAGGUUUCAGCAAUGGCGAGCAGCAACGGACCAGUCAACCGGCGUAUAGCGGGCGUGGUGGCAAUCGUGGUGGUAGGGGUGGACGAGGACGUGGUGGUGCGUCACAGCAGCAAGCGUCGCGCGAUGCACCGAGACAACCUUACCAGCGUGCCUUCUACACGCCUGAUACACCAUCAUUGCCGCCACAAGCGCAACAACAACAGGCGUCAUCCGCAGAAGGUGGGUUCCAGGUAUAUGCGCCCCUCAAGCGACCAGAUGUACAAUAG